GGUCGUGAUACUGACCAAGAUUGAAAAGUCCCAGCAGCUGUUCAAUGAACAUGAGCUGCUGGGUCUAGCAAUCAGAGUUGAAGUUCAAAAGAACUCUAGACUUAUUGGGCAAUGUCACCGCUGACAAAGGUAUGGUCAUGCGCAGUCUUACUGCACAGCAUCUCCCAAAUGUUUAAGAUGUGCUUCCGACCACAUGACACAUUUACGCCCCCUCACAGGACAAGAGGAGCGAAAGUGCGCGAACUGUGGAGGGGCGCAUCCCGCUAACAGUCCCCCUUGCAGAUUCACCCCCAGGCGAAAUCUGGAAGUCAUAACGCAAAGACGCAGCAAGUCAUACGCGGAAGCAGCCGUCUCAACAUCUUCGGCAGCCCCCUCUGUUCAACCCACUUUGAACACGCAGAAAGUCCCCUGAUUAGCGCCACUCAGG